AGAAUGGGUAGUUUGUCAGCGUGUGGAGGAGACGUGAACACAGCAGCGACCUUCAAUGUCUUCAGCUGGAUGCUUUCUGGACUUUCAGGAGGACAAACUUUGAUUUUAAAACUUUACACUCUGGAUUUAUUUCAUCUCUAAAGGACCGAUGAGCAGAGGCAGAGCUGUUUCUCUCUCCUAAAGAAGGUGCGGCAGCUCUGUCAGAGAUGGGCGUGUCACCGCGCUGCCACAGGACCGUCCUAUUGGCUGUGGCCUUCUGCUUCCUGCCAUGCAUCACUUCCUCCCUCAACCUGGAGGACCCCAAUGUCUGCAGCCACUGGGAGAGUUACUCUGUGACGGUUCAGGAGUCGUACGCUCAUCCCUACGAUCAGAUCUACUACACCAGCUGCACCGACAUCCUCAACUGGUUCAAGUGCACCAGACACAGGGUGAGCUAUCGGACGGCAUAUCGUAAAGGAGAGAAGACGAUGUACCGGAGGAAGUCUCAGUGCUGCCCAGGCUUCUUGGAGAACGGAGAGAUAUGUGCUCCUCACUGUGCAGAGAGCUGCGUUCACGGACGCUGCAUGGCCCCCAACACCUGCCAGUGUGAGCCGGGCUGGGGGGGCUCCAACUGCUCGAGUGCCUGCGACAGUGAACACUGGGGACCUCACUGCAGUAACAGAUGUCAGUGUAAGAACGGAGCGCUGUGUAACCCCAUCACCGGAGCCUGUAUCUGCACCCCGGGCUUCAGAGGCUGGCGCUGCGAGGCCCAGUGUGAGGUCGGCACCUACGGGAACGGCUGCCAACAGAAGUGCCAGUGCCAGAACGGAGCCGCCUGUCACCAUGUGACCGGAGAGUGCAAGUGCCCGCCAGGAUACACUGGAGCUUUCUGUGAAGACCUGUGUCCUCCAGGUAAACACGGUCAGCAGUGUGAGGAGAGGUGUCCGUGUCAGAACGGAGGAGUGUGUCAUCACGUGACCGGAGAGUGCUCCUGUCCUGCAGGAUGGAUGGGGACGGUCUGCGGUCAGCCGUGUCCGGAGGGGAGGUUCGGACAGAACUGCUCUCAGGAGUGUCAGUGUCACAACAACGGCUUCUGUGUGUCGUCCAGCGGACAGUGUCUCUGCAGCCCGGGGUACACAGGAGAGCGGUGUCAGGACGAGUGUCCGGUGGGCACGUAUGGCGCCGGCUGUGCAAAGACAUGUCGCUGUGAGAACAAAGCCAAGUGUUAUCACACCAACGGGAUGUGUCUGUGUGAGCCUGGGUACACUGGGGAGACGUGUGACGUCCGUCUGUGUGUGGAGGGACACUACGGCCUGCGCUGUGACAGGAAGUGUCCCUGCUACGUCCACAACACACGCAGCUGCCACCCCAUGUCAGGAGAGUGCACGUGUCAGCCGGGCUGGUCAGGUCUCUACUGUAACGAGACAUGUACACCCGGGUUCUACGGCGAGUUGUGUCAGCAGGUGUGUCGGUGUCAGAACGGAGCAGACUGCCACAGUGUGAGCGGGGAGUGUAUCUGCGCUCCGGGCUUCAUGGGUCCAAACUGUUCGGUCCCGUGUCCCGCAGGAACUCACGGCAUGAACUGCUCCUCCUCCUGUGACUGUAAGAACGGAGCUCAGUGCUCACCUGUGGACGGAUCCUGCUCCUGUAGACCAGGCUGGCACGGCGUGGACUGCUCCAUCAACUGUCCGAGUGGUACCUGGGGUCUGGGCUGUAACCUCACCUGUAAGUGUGGGAACGGAGGAGCCUGCAAUGCUCUGGACGGUCAGUGUACCUGUGCUGCAGGCUGGAGGGGGGACAGGUGUGAGCAGCACUGUCAGGAUGGGACGUACGGUCUGGCCUGUAAGGAGCGGUGUGACUGCAGCCACGCUGAUGGAUGUCAUCACUCCUCCGGUCACUGCAGGUGUCUGGCUGGAUGGACAGGUAUCCACUGUGACAGUGUGUGUGCAGAGGGCCGCUGGGGGCCGAACUGUUCACUGCCCUGUAACUGUAAGAACGGAGCGUCGUGCUCUCCGGACGAGGGGACCUGUGAGUGUGCUCCUGGCUUUAGAGGGACCACCUGUCAGAGGAUCUGCUCUCCAGGUUACUUCGGUCAUCGCUGCAGUCAGACAUGUCCUCAUUGCGUCCACAGUAAUGGGCCAUGUCACCACGUCUCCGGACAGUGUGACUGUCUGCCCGGGUUCAAGGGGGCGCUGUGUAACGAGGUGUGUCCCAGCGGUCGCUUUGGUAAAAACUGCGCCUGGAGCUGCAGCUGCACCAACAACGGUACCUGCAACCCCAUCGACGGCUCCUGUCAGUGUUACCCCGGCUGGAUUGGCAGCGACUGCUCCCAACCGUGUCCUCCUGGUCAGUGGGGUCCAAACUGCAUCCACACGUGUAACUGUCACAACGGAGCGUACUGCAGCGCGUACGAUGGAGAGUGCAAGUGUACGCCAGGAUGGACCGGACUCUACUGCACACAGCGCUGUCCGUUGGGGUUCUUCGGUAAAGACUGUUCUCAGAUCUGUCAGUGCAGAAACGGAGCUGACUGCGAUCACAUCUCAGGACAGUGCACCUGUCGCACAGGUUUCAUGGGACGACACUGUGAACAAAAGUGUCCUCCCGGUUCGUACGGCUACGGCUGCCGUCAGGUGUGCGACUGUCUGAAUAACUCCACCUGUGAUCACAUGACCGGGACCUGUUACUGCAACCCGGGCUGGAAGGGAGCUCGCUGUGACCAGGCAGGUGUGGUUGUGGUUGGCAGCCUGAACAGCCUCACUAGCGCGGCCAUGCAUGUGGACUCGUAUCAGAUCGGGGCCAUCGCGGGGAUCAUCGUGCUCGUGCUGUUGGUGCUCUUCCUCCUCCUCCUCUUCAUCAUCUACAGAAAGAAGCAGAAGGGCAAAGAGCCUGCCAUGCCGGCCGUCACCUACACACCGGCUGUGAGGGUCACGGCUGAUUACACCAUCCAAGAAGCUCAUCCUCCGACAUGUGAGACUCACCCCAGCAGCUAUUUCUCCAACCCGAGCUACCACACACUGACUCAGUGCAUCAGCCCUCCACACGUCAACAACCGGCCGUAUGCAAAGGCGAAGAACAGCCAGAUGUUUGUGAACCUGAAGACCGUGGAUCAGAGGAAGAGAGGACCUCUGGCUGAUCACACAGGAACGCUGCCUGCAGACUGGAAACAAGGAGACUGCUUCAAUGAGCUGGGAGCGUACGGUAUUGACCGCAGAUAUAUGGGGAAGUCUUUACGAGACCUGGUGAAGGGCACUCCGUAUCACGCCAGCUCCUGCUCCCUGAACAGCUCGGAGAACCCGUAUGCCACCAUAAAGGACCCGCCGCUGCUGAUGAACAAGAACACAGAGUGUGGCUACGUAGAGAUGAAGUCACCGGCCAGACGAGACUCGCCGUACGCUGAGAUCAGCAACAGCAGCCCGGCCAAUAACAGGAACGUCUAUGAAGUUGAGCCGACCGUGAGCACCAUCCAGACAAACGGAGACGUCAGCUGUUUACAGUUUGGUCAGGAUCCGUAUGAUCUACCAAAAAACAGCCACAUCCCGAGUCACUAUGACAUCCUGCCGGCCCGAGAGAGUCCGUCCUCAGAUCACAACGAGCCGGACAGUGAAUGAGACCAGGAGACCAGGACUGGAUCUUUGAACAGACUCAAACAGGAGCUCUUUGAACCCACAGCAAACUCCCGCUGACGUUAUCGUUGUAAUGAUGUAUCCUGACUUUUCUCUGAACAAAGUGGGUAAACACGAGAGGCUGGAUGUGCAGCUGGUAUAUUUUUUAUAGUGAUUUGUAAACGGCCAUGAAUUCUUUGUAGGUCAUUCCACGUGUCUGAAGGUGAAGGUCUCAGUGUGCUCGCAGCAAAGACGUUUUUAUGACGACUUUUUCCCACCGCAGCUUUUUCAAGCUGACUCUCAAAGAUAAACUACGCAGGCCAAAACAAAACAGACAAAGGAAAAGUCUUAUAGCUGUAAGGUGAUGCAGUGGGUAGCGCUGUUGCCUCACAGCGAGAAGGUUACUGGUUUGAAUCCCUGGUCAGGCAGGGGCCUUUCUGUGUGAAGUUUGCAUGUUCUCUCCGGGUACUCUGGCUUCCUCCCAGAGUCCAGAAACAUGCCCACCAGGUUAAUGGGUCAUUAAAUUACCCGUAGGUGUGAGUGUGUGCGUGAAUGGUUGUUUGUCUCUCCAUGUUUGCCCUGUGAUAGGUUGGCGACCUGCCCAAAGGUGUACUCGGCCUUCCGCUCGAUGUCAGCUUGGAUGGGUUCAAGACCCCCGCGCCCCCGAAUGGGAUAAGCAGUCAAGAUAAUAGAUGGAUGGAUGGAUGGAUGGAAAAGUUUCAUAUUUGAAGAACUGUCAAAGGGUGAAAUGCUCCAAAAUCUGCUCUGCAAACAAGUUGCAUCCUUGUCCUCUAGCACUUUUUGCUAUCUUUUAUUUAAAGCCCCUUUAAGGAGUUUUUUGCCAGUUAUGAAACAGACUCAAAAUGAUACUGAUGCCUCUUUAUAUCCUCCAUAAGCAGACAAGAUCAUCAGUGAAUAGACUGACAAUUCCUAUAUUGUGAUAUUUAAUGCCUGAAAACAGUGUGAGGGGGUAAGUGUCAGUCAUGCGGCUGAAAAAACAGCCCUCAGUUUACAUUUUCCUCAUUAGAUAUUCACAAUGAAUCGCAUGUUUGAUUGUGAAAUCAGCAGGAUGAAACCUUUUGUCAGAGGAUACUACUUAUGCAUAUAGAGGACAGGAUAAGAGAUGACCGCUUUGUUCACAAGGGGCGCCAAAAGUGACACAAACCAAAAGUUCCUCACAGGAGCUUCAGAUUACGGCGAAUAAUCCAUCAUAUUACUCAUAGUAAAGUGACGUUUCUGUACCUCUGCAAACAUGCAAAGAAAACAUCAUGAUAGAUAGAUUCUCUGGAGUCGACCAAGCCAUGAUGCUUUUAAAAACUUUGCUCCGAGCAUACUGAGUCCUUCAUGCCGUUUGUGUGUAACAUUCAGAACCAAUAAAAUCUCUAUUUUUAUAACAACAGUGUUAGAAAAGGCUAAUCUAAGUAGCAGAUAUAUCAAAGAUUAGAUGUUGGAGAGGAAGAGGAUUCAAGCUGCUGACAUGUUAUCUUCAUCACUCAUCCGUCAGUGUGUGAUUAGUGUUUAUGUAACCAAAGGUUUGAUUCAGUUCACUUUUUGUUCUUGUAGUUCAGAAAGCUUUUUUUAAUCUGAGAGCAUUUUUAUAAUAAUCUCAAUGUAAGAUAAUGUUUCACUAACUCAGACGAUAAGAAAUAUCGGACUCUGAUUUAACACUUUAAACCAAAGUCAUAAACAUCAUCAUCAUUAAUAUCCUCAUGUUUUAUUACCCUAGCACUUUUAAUAUGAAAAUGUUCUCAGUGUAUCACACAUUUAAUUCUUAUCUCUAUAAUGAAACAUGAAUUUAUUUAGUUAAAUGAGACCAGGACUGUGAAAUGACGUCUGAGUCUACAUUCAUCUUGUGUUUUUAAUCUCUUAAUUUACAUGCAGAUAAAUUAGCAUUUUUAAUCUGCUCUUUGAAUGCAACGUAAAAUCAAAUUUGUUUUCUAUUCAUUGUGAGAUCUUAAUCGUGCAGCUGUCUUUGAAAAAGAUAAAUAUAUUUAAAAGAUGUCACUUGCCCCCAAAAACAAAGAAACCCAAACACCCUGAUUCAAAUUUUACAGGAGGUUUACCUCUUUGAGUCACACGGCCAGCUGUUCAAAAGUUCUAUCAGAUCUAAAUCUACCGAGGAUCACGUAAUCCACUUGUCUUCACCCUCCUCACUCACCCCCCUUUUCCUGUCUUUCCCAAACUGUCCUAUCAAAUAAAAAGUGAGGCCAAAACUUAAUCUUAAGUCAUUCUGGAGGUUUGAUCCAGAUUUCAUUUAAAAGGUUUACCUGAGCUGAUUACCUCAAAUCUGGUAUCAAACAACCCGAGAGAGAGUCAGUGGAUUAAAUCCAAUCAGAUUACUUUUGAACAGCUGAGUCCCAGAAUAAAUUAUGAAAAAAUGUAAACUUCCUGAUUGCAGCUUUAAAUUAUGUUGACGUUAUAUUUAUGUUUAGUUUCUGCUGUGGAAAGGUUUCCUCUGCUCCUUUACGACCCGUUAAAGGUUCCUCUUCACGUGCACUGAUACGUUUCUGGACAAUCUGAACCAGUUUGGUCCUGUCCGAGGUUUUCUGCCUUCAAAUGUUUACUAUUGAGUUUGUUGAACAGCACUGCCCACACCCCUCUGAACCUGUUUCUGUAUCAGCUCAUGAGCAUCCAAAUGUAUGUCCCAGGACCCUGCAGAGGACCGGGGCGGGUCCAAAUAAUGUUGCUUUAACUCGUUUGUGUUAUUUAAACGUUCCCGUGUCCGGUUGAUGUGAUAUGAAUUUCACAAAGACUUCUUAACGUCUUUAUUCUGUCUGAUUAAACUUAAACUCCACAUCACUGAUGUUAACCACCCGUACAACUAAACUGAUCAGAGUUGCUCAUUUCUCUUAAUGCAUAAUUUAAAGGGCUCAACAUUUCUAAUAAAGUGCAAGCUUGAGCUGGACUUUGGCUUUCUGAAGGAUCACAGUAGCAGGAACAGUUCACAUCAUGAAUCUGUGUUAAAUAUCAUAAACAUGAAAUGUAGUUCAGAAGAUGUUGCUUUGAAUGAUUGUAUUUCUGUCUCUCUCGUCGGGCCCUGAAACAGCAGCAGUCUGACGCUCAGCCUGUUGGAGAUGUUUGUAAAAUAUUGUAAAUAGUUUUGAUCAGUUCUGGUGUAAAAAUAUUAACAUCGCCCAGCGUCUUAUAUCUGAAGAUCAAAUCAAGAACAAACGUGGCUUCUGGUUCGCACUGAAAAACUGGAAAACUUGAGACUCUGGUCCUCCACAGGUACUGCAUUUCUUCUGUCACCUUUCCCACCUGAGCGUAUCUGAACAACCACGACGGAUGUUAGCUCUUAAAGGAAUACUUGAGACUUUUUUACCCGAGAACACUUCCAGGUCAUGUUUCAGGAUUCUGGUUUAAAACGUAUCUGUUCUCCAAAAAGGUGACGAUGAUUUAUCCCUCAUUACUCUCUGAUUCUGUUUAUCUCUGUUUUGAAGUUUUGUUAUUCAUCAUAGUGACUUUGGUGAAAAUGCUUUUGAAUAAAACAACAUAAUAUGAAGGAA